GGAGUUCAGUGUUAGUUUUUCUCCUCCACACUUAUUGAGUUACAGAGCAAGAGGGGGAGCAGGACUCGCCGAGGGUCUGCUGCUGCUGCUUCACGCUUCUUUGCGCGGUGUGUGUGUGUGUCAAAGCGUUGCCGUUCAUUUGGUGAAGCCGAGUGGGUCGAUCAUUUACCAACAUGUGGGCUGCACGUCCACAAAAAGAGCAGGCACACCCUGCUCUGCGGGCUAACUGUUGAGCAUGCUGGGUAAGGCUCCGCCCACAACCAGUCGCCUCAACCUGGUGAACUCUGAAGUUUCUGACGCCACGGUGGCCUCAGACGCACACGACGGUAUCAAUAUGGCCGACCUUGUGGAGAGCCUGGAUGCCAGAGAGCUGGACAUUGGGGAGGGAGAGGAGAUGGACUAUGAUGGAAACUGCUUAGGGGACUGUCGUAUCCCAUUUUCAGCCGUGUAUGCCACAGUGGGCUUUAAGGAGGCCAAUGCUAAAGUCUACAUGCCCACGGUGCCCAUCACUGCCCGGAUCCUGGAGGUGGAGAGAUUCACCACCGCGCAAGACCGCUUCAACCUGUCGCACCACAGGAGUGUCAACAAGUCUCUCCCAGCAGUGUUUAAGAUUGAGCUGAAGCACGGUGAGUUUACCUGGUUGGUUAAGAGGAAGGAGAAACAUUUCAUGGAGCUGCACAGAGAGCUGAGGACCUACAAGACCUUCAUGAGGAUACCGCUGCCCACGCGCAGCCACACAGUGAGGAGGAGGACAGUGAGGAAGAGUGAGGUGAGGGAAAUGCCCUCCCUGCCGAGGGGCGGCGGAGACGAGCUGGUGCGAGAUGAGCAGGUGUCCAGCAGGAGGAGACAAUUAGAAGACUAUUUGAACAAGCUCCUGAGGAUGGCCUUGUACCGCAAAUAUCACCAUACUAUGGAGUUCAUUGACGUCAGCCAGUUGUCAUUCAUUCAUGAUUUGGGGCCCAAAGGACUGGAAGGGAUGAUCUAUAAGCGCUCCGGUGGACAUCGUAUCCCUGGCAUGAACUGCUGUGGUCACAGCCAGGGAGCCUGCUACCGCUGGUCCAAACGCUGGCUGGUGGUGAAGGACUCAUGUCUGCUGUACAUGAAGCCGGACUCAGGGGCCAUCUCUUUCGUGCUGCUGUUGGAUAAAGAGUUCAGUAUCAAGAUGGACUCCAAAGACACAGAGACCAAACACGGAGUCCGGAUUGAUAGCCUCUCCAGGACCCUGGUGUUUAAGUGCAGCAGCUACAGACACGCACGCUGGUGGGGUCAAAGCAUCGAGAGCUUCGUGAGGACUCACGGGAAGGCUUUCCUCCGAGACCACCGCUUCGGAUCAUUCGCACAGGAACAGGAAGACAUCCCCGCCAAAUGGUACGUGAAUGGAAAGACUUACAUGGAGGAUGUGGCAAAUGCUUUGGAGGAGGCUAAAGAGGAGAUCUUCAUCACUGACUGGUGGCUGAGUCCGGAGAUUUUCUUGAAGAGACCUGUAGUGGAGGGCAACAGGUGGAGGUUAGACUGUACGCUCAAACGCAAAGCACAACAGGGAGUGCGGAUCUUUGUGAUGCUGUAUAAGGAGGUGGAGCUCGCCCUGGGCAUCAACUCGGGCUACAGCAAGAGGACCCUUCUGCACCUGCACCCUAACAUCAAGGUGAUGCGUCAUCCAGACCACGUCUCCUCCUCCGUUUAUCUGUGGGCGCACCACGAGAAGAUCGUUGUCAUUGACCAAUCAGUGGCCUUUGUGGGCGGGAUCGACCUGGCAUACGGCCGCUGGGACGACAGAGAGCACCGGCUGACGGAUGUUGGCAGUGUGACGCGCUCGGUGGCCCUGGAGCAGGCUGGCUCCGCUAACACUCCAUCCAGUAAAGGAGUGUCCUGUGUCGAUGGCAUCUCCGAGAGCAAUGGACAAGGCACCCCGCCCAGUGAUCCCGUGGACUUGCCCAAGCUUAAGGGGAUCGGACGCAAUCGAAGGGCUCGCUUCAGUCUGUACAGACACCUUCAUAAGCACACCGUGCAGCAUGCGGACAGUGUCAGCAGUGUCGACAGCGCCAGCAGUGGUUCAGUGCGAAGCCUGAAGACAGGUGUUGGAGAGUUACAGGGCAACACGCGCUUCUGGCAUGGAAAAGACUACUGCAACUUUGUCUACAAGGACUGGAUCCAGUUGGAAAAACCUUUUGAUGACUUCAUCGACAGGUACACAACUCCCAGAAUGCCUUGGCAUGACAUCGCUUCAGUGGUUCAUGGCAGAGCUGCCCGGGAUGUGGCCAGACACUUCAUUCAGCGCUGGAAUUUCACUAAGAUCAUGAAGCCAAAGUACCGCUCUCUGUCUUAUCCAUUCCUGCUGCCCAAGUCUCACUCCAGUGCCAAUGAGCUCAGAUACCAAGUCCCUGACUGUGUCAAUGCAAAAGUGCAGGUGUUGCGGUCAGCGGCAGAUUGGUCGGCAGGCAUAAAGUACCAUGAGGAGUCCAUCCAUAAUGCCUACAUCCAGGUCAUCGCUAAGAGCAAACACUACAUCUACAUAGAGAACCAGUUCUUCAUCAGCUGUGCCGAUAACAGGAUGGUCCACAACAAGAUCGGAGAUGCCAUUAUUGAAAGGAUCAUCAGAGCGCACAAGGAGGGUAAGAAGUACCGUGUGUACGUCGUCACCCCGCUGCUUCCUGGAUUCGAGGGAGACAUCAGCACCGGAGGGGGGAAUGCCAUCCAGGCGGUCAUGCACUUCAACUACAGAACCAUGAUCAGAGGAGAAUACUCCAUCAUAUCCCAGCUGAAAAAGGAGAUGGAUGACCAGUGGAUGAACUACAUCUCCUUCGCUGGUCUGCGGACCCACGCUGAGCUCGAGGGACGCCUGGUCACAGAGCUCAUUUACGUCCACAGCAAGAUGCUCAUCGCUGACGACAACACAGUUAUCAUCGGUUCUGCCAACAUCAAUGACAGAAGCAUGCUGGGUAAGCGCGACAGCGAGGUGGCUGUGAUUGUUGAGGACUCGGAAAAGGUUGCCGCAGUGAUGGAUGGACAGGAGUAUGAAGCUGGAGCCUACGCACUUCAGCUUCGCCUCGAAUGCUUCAGGACUAUUCUUGGAGGCCACUCUGAUACCAGUAUCGACCUGUCUGACCCCAUCAGUGAUCGCUUCUACAAGGAAGUGUGGAUGACUACAGCUGGCCGCAACGCCACCAUUUAUGAGAAGGUGUUUCGUUGCCUUCCCUCGUCCCUGGUGAGGAACAUGUCCGAGCUGGAGCAGUACCAGUCCAAGCCAGGUUUGGCCCAGACUGACGUUGCCCGGGCUCAAGAGGAGCUGCGCAAAAUCCGAGGCUUCCUGGUCCAGUUUCCUCUGGACUUCCUCUCUGAGCAGAACCUCAUGCCCUCCGUUGGAACGAAGGAGGCCAUGGUGCCAACUGAGAUCUGGACAUAAAGGAUGUGCUAACAGCACCAGAUACUUCUGAAGUAUCUGGAUUGUGACUGUCCUCUAUUGUGUAACAUUGGAUUUGCAAGAGAUCUCCUUUAAUCAGGAGAUGAGAGGCAGUUCCAUGUGGAUUGAUGUGACUGCUGGGCAUUGACAAAUCUCUCAGAUCAGUUUCUACUGAAAAACACUAAAUUGUAGUCACAGCUUAUCGGAGUAAGCUUUUGAUUUUGGGAUGUAUGAAGAAAACAAAAAGACAUCACACUUGAGGACAACAUUUACGGCUGCAUUGUGACUGCAUUCAAGCUGUGGAGAUGAAAUACAGGCACAUGAACUUUUGGUUUUGGGAAUCAAACUCAACUCUGGACACUUGGACCUUUGGACUGUUGGAAAGGCACAUACAACAGCGAGCAAUUCUAAGGGACCAGGGUGAGGCUGUGGUAAAGGUUUUGACAAUGACUCUGAUGGAUUCGGCUCCUUGUUGAGAUUAUUGUGAAACACACAGAGAAAGUCAUGCAUGUGGUUUACUGAGUUUGUACGCUCGUGAGGUGCAUUCAUGCUAUCUACUGUGUUUAUGAGCACACGGAGACAAUUUUACUGACUUAAUGGUGGUGCAUGAUUUACUAAUUGUGCUAAAAUAUUGUUAACAUGGUUGCUAUAAUGCAUGUACCAAUCACAUCUCUGGAAAAGCUGUCGAAAGUGUUUUGUGUAAUUAUCAGACGCACUGUCAGAAAUUUACUGCUGAAAUCAAAGAUUUAUUUUGUACUGUGUGUUCAGAAGGAGCAGAAAUUGAUUAUGGCUGAGGCAGUGUGAUCCAAGGCUGCAGUAUGAAAUGGUUCUGCCGGUGGCCAACAGAGAAGGCUGGAUGAGACAAUCAGCCCACAAAUUCAAUGGCGUAAUUUCCUUUUUGCUCAACAGAUGGUGCUAGCUUCUUAAAAAUACAGUUUGUGCACAGGUGUGACUGCCUGACUGCUGGUAAACUGUAGUGGGUUUUUUUGCCAGUGUCGUAAAUCACAAGACUGACGCAUGUUGUUAAUGUGGACUUGUUACUAUUACUGCUUCUGUGUGCAAUCAGCACGAAUGUAAGCAAAAUACACAGCAGAAGGUAGAUUCUUUUGAAGCACACUAGAAACAUAAGAUAAACUUACAUAAAUUAGAAGUGGAAAGUAAAGCCUCUCAUCCAUAGGCCUUCUAGUUGUGUAUUUUGCAAGCAGCUUUUCAGUGUGCAGGAUCGUUUAGUCCUGUCACAUGCCAAAUCACACUCAGCAGCAGAAGACCUUCACUGCAUUGCUUGUGGUUCCUGCAGUGGUGUUGGAGGUCCAGAAACCCUUCAGAGAUUCUUCUUGUCUUUGAGAGUGUAAGAAUAUCUUGCAUCAGUGUUUCAGCUCUUAUCAGCUGUCAUCAUCUUGACCAUGGUGACGACAGGAAUAUCAUCUCACGUCUUUCCUCCCAGCGGACGAACUACAUUUCCUUUGUCUUCUCUCCUCUUCUUUUGUACAUUUAUUCUGGAAGUUCAAAAUGGGCUUUUCAGUUGUCCAAGUUAUUUCUCUAUGGUCAUGGCUUUCUAUUAAGUUGAGAAAUACAGUCUUUGUGACCAUAUAAACAAUGAAGUUAAAAAUAAGAUUUUUCAAACGGUAUGCCAAAGUCUUCAUAUGAAGAUAAAGUGUGGAACCACUUGGUGCGUUUCCAGGUUUCUGGCUGAGCGAAAAUUCUCUCAAAGCAUUUCAUUUUUUUUGUAUGUAACACAAACUGUACGCGUCAAGGGGAACUUAAGCUUUCAUCAGGAUUCUAGUAUCAUCAAUGAACUACAGUACAGCAUGAGGAAGUUGUUGUAACUCGUCUGUGUGAAUGUACGGGACCAGAGAAUUGGCGAAUGUUAACCGAAAACUUUAAGCUCUUUGUUUCUGCAACCAUUUUGCUUUUCAGUUUUUACUGAUUUUGACAAUAUUGUCUGUUUUGUUUGUCCUUGUUGUAUUUAUCAGUGUAUUAUUUAUGGUGGUUUAUGAAUCAUUUAACGUGCUUGAAACAUUAAUUUUUGAAAUGUAUGGAUUUGUAACUAAACCCCUCGUUGUUUUAUCAUACCCAUCAUGCAGCAGUCUGUUCUGUCAGCUGUCUGUAACUUUCGGCUUCAGUUAAGCUGCUUUUGCUUCCACUCUGUUUAUGUAAAAUAUCCUCUUUUUACAGCUGAAAGUAUUUUUAAUGUCUUUUUGUUCAUUUAACAAAAUGUAACUCAUAAUUUAAGUGGCUAACAAAUAAAAAUUUCUUGGGAUUUUUUUUUUUUGUUAAUUCCAUGGAAAUAAUCUUAGAUGGAAAUAAUAUUGUGUCAUAAUGAUGUGUGAUUGGAGCUCUAAAGCCAUAACACAGGAUCUCAUCUGUUAUUUUUGAUAUUUUGUUUUAUAUUUGAGAUUUUGCUUGAGAUUUUGCUUUUGACAGCUCACACAUCUCUCUGAAAGAUGUAGAGGUAAACAAAUUAGCAAGGGGAUGUUACUGAUAGGUGCCAUCUUUUUUUGGUCUGAGAAAUAAGUAAAUUUCCUGUCAGUGGCUUUUAUUAUGCAUCUUAACCAGAAAGGUUGACAGGCGUAAUCUGCUGCCUGUGGUGUAAAUCACAAGACUUUGCGUUAUGAAUGUGACAGUAAUUAUUACUGUGCACUCAGCGCAUGUAUUGACAAGAUGUGGAGCACAUGGGAAAUUUUAUGGGAAGAAAGGUUUGAUUUGUUUACAUGAGAACUGGAGCAUCAGCAGAUUAAUUCUGUUGGAAAUGCUCAGACCUCAGCACUCUUAACUUUAUUUGGAAGUAUUCAUCAUUAUGUGUGCCAGUGGAUCCAGUUCCAUAGAAGUGCUGGGGUAUUAGAACAAAUAACGACGGUUGCAUUAGUGGUUACUCUUGGUUGGCAUGAAAGGCAGGUGAAUACGUGAAUGUGUAAUCCGCUCUUUCUUUGAGUGGUUAACCAAACCGGUUUUGUUACUGGGAAAGUCAGUGUUCUUCUUAUGAUCGGCAGGGUCAGAAUAUUUUCAUGAGUGUUUUCAUCCUUAUCAACUUUCAUUUCCUUGUGGAGAGCUUAAAGGGGCACACCGUCAAUUUUAUACAUGAAGUUCAGUUUACUGUUCAUACUCUGUCUGGGCUCCUUCAGUUAGUUCUUUUAAAAACAGAUUGGAUAUAUUCUGGUCAACAAAGGAUAUUUUGUAUAAUCAUAAAGCUGAUUUGCUAUCACUUGUGAAAUGAUUGUACUUUUAAAUAAGUAUUUUUUGUUUUCUUUAGCUGUAUGGUGUAAGGAAACUUACAGUAAAACAUUAAUAAAUGAAUCAGUUUUUAGAAA